UGCAGGCUGCAGCCAUGUCUUCAACCUCCGCAACACCGAGCAAGCCGGAUGACAGCCAGGCGCUGAAACCCGUGCUCAGCAAGGGUGACGGCGGCGCCAGUCCGAGAGUCGGCGCGUCAAAAGUCGUGUCUAUCGCCGAGCCGGAGAGUAUCUCUCCUGUGAUGAAUGGUCGUCACAAAGAAGCAGAAGACGACGACAGCUUUGCAUUGGAUCGCGGCGCUGUGAGGCAUCAGCAUCGUGCUAAAGUAGGCAAACGCCUACAAGGUCGGCCACCUGUUGAUCGCAACACGUCCUCUCAGCAGACCCUGACCGACAAUCCACUGUCCAGCAUCAUCAGUGAAGAGGGCAUACAUUUUCCUCACAUCCAUCGCCGUUCCCACGGUCAACACGAGAACGUCCUGUCUCAAGUCAGUGCCUGGCUGAAGCAGGAAAAAGCAAGAAGAGCUGCACGCAAAGAAAAGCGCCGCUCUACUGGCACCAGCGCUGAAUUGUCUCAAACAGACGGCUCGUGCGAUACCAAGGAACGCCGUUCUUCUGAUACCUCUGAAGGCUCUACGGCUUUGGAAAGCCUCGAGAACAUUUUGGAGAAGAGCAUCUCCAUUGUCAGUAACGAAAGCCGCAGACUCGCAAAUUCUACGCACAUGCCGCAUCGGCCUGCUGUCAUGAAAAGAAACAGGCGUCAGUCGACGACUGCUUCCUCGGACACCGAGUACCUGGACGGUGAUGCGAUCGUGCCCAGCUGCGACGCCGUACUGGACAAUUCACGAACUUUGGCGUACAGUGGCGGUGAAGCGGCCGAGGAAGAUGAUGAUGACAUUACCCCAGGCACGAGGAAGUCCAGAGAAAGGCAAGCCUGGGCAACGUUCAAGUAUGAGAUUGUGCGUCUGUCACACACGCUGCGCCUCAAGGGCUGGAGGAAGGUGCCCAUGGAAAAGAGCAGUGACAUUGAAGUUGAACGUCUAAGCGGCGCCCUGACCAACGCCGUGUAUGUUGUAUCUCCGCCGAAAGACCUUCCUCCCAGACAAUCAAUGCAAGGAGACGUGGAAGUAGUGAGACCCACUAUCCCUCCGCCCAAGCUCCUUCUUCGCAUCUACGGCCCUCAGGUCGAGCAUCUGAUCGACCGCGAAUCCGAGCUUCAGAUCCUAAAGCGCUUGGCUCGCAAGCGCAUCGGCCCUCGACUGCUUGGCACAUUCAGCAAUGGCCGCUUUGAGGAGUUCUUCCAUGCCCGUACCCUCACGCCCAAUGACCUCAGGAACCCCGACACUUCGAUGCACAUUGCUAAGCGCAUGCGCGAGCUGCACGAAGGAAUUGACCUUCUGUCCCAAGAACGUGAAGACGGACCUUUCGUCUGGCGGAAUUGGGAUAAGUGGGUCGACCGCUGUGAGCUUGUCACCGAAUGGCUUGAUGCCCAAAUCAUCAACGAGGCCCCAUCGACGACGAAGAGCAAGUUAGAAGGCUGGAGGGAGCGUGGUUUCGUGUGCGGAACCGAGUGGAAGUUCUUCAGGCAGACGUUGGAAAAGUACAGGAAAUGGCUUGAAGAGCAGUACGGAGGGGCCAAGAAGCUGAAUGAGAGGCUGGUGUUUGCCCACAAUGAUACUCAAUAUGGCAACAUCCUACGUCUAGUUCCCUCUGGACAUUCCCCCUUGCUUCUCCCAUCAAACGAGCACAAGCAGCUUGUGGUCAUUGAUUUCGAGUAUGCUAAUGCGAACACACCCGGUCUGGAGUUUGCCAACCAUUUUACUGAAUGGUGUUACAACUACCAUGACCCUGAGCGUGCUUUUGCUAUCAACACAAGAGUCUACCCGACUCCCAAAGAACAACACCGGUUCAUCCGCUCCUACGUUACUCACAGGCCCUUCACCUCGCAAACCCCCACGCCAUCCACGGGUGGCGCCACGCCUACCGCCAAGCCCGGCAUCACGCAUACGCAGUCUUCAAGCAGCAGCAUUAGCGCCUUCAUGCUCGACUCCCGCACCCCACCACAGGCCAUCAAGGAGGCCGAAGAGCACGAGGAACGCGAGAUCGAAGCGGAGACGCAGCGACUGAUGGCGGAAACGCGACUGUGGCGGAUGGCCAACAGCUCGAUGUGGGUGGCAUGGGGCAUCGUGCAAGCCAAGGUGCCAGGGAUGCCCGACUUGGACACAAAAGAGAACACGGCAGCCAACGCAAGCAUCACCGGCACUGGGUCCAACGCAGCUGCCGACGAGCAGGAGCCUGAAGAAGAGUCGUACCUCACCGCGCGCGGCCUGGACGCGAACCAGGCCACGGACCCCCUGGGCCCCGAGGAACAGGAGAUCGCGGCCGACUUGGCGGACAAGCGGCCCGAGGAGAGCGGCGAUGACGAAGAGUUCGAUUACCUCGCGUACGCCCAGGAACGCGCCAUGUUCUUCUGGGGCGACGCGGUGCAUUUGGGCAUUGUGAAGAAGGAAGAGCUGCCCGAAGGACUGAGGGCGGCGUUGAAGAUUGUUGAGUGGUGAGGGAUUGUGUUUGAACGUAGGGAAGUUUGGAGUUUGGAAGGUUGGUGGGCUAGAGAUUGGAGACGAUCGGAUUGGUGGGGGCUUGGUGAUUGGGAAGGCUGUAUUUAGUGGUUGGUUGGGUAUGAUAGCGUUUGUAUGAAUUGGUGUGCACAGAAAAACAAGAUUACGAAAUUGGUGC